AUGAGCUCCCUCGCAGGUUCCUGGGUGACGCUGAUGAACUUGUGUGGGAGCCCGGCUUGUUGCGACCAGGGUGUCCUCAGACAAGUAUUCGACGCCUCCACCUGCGCGAACCACCUGGUGGAAACCGGCAUCGUCGUGCCGCUCGCCCUCGCGCUCCUGCCCCGGUUCGUCGUCCGACUCCCCGAGAGCAGAGCAUCCUCUGCACACCGGCGGCUUCUCAGGCCCUGUUCGCCGCUGCAGCUGGCAGCCGUGUCGUUCAAUGGCUGCUUGGGGUUGUUCCACCUCGUCCUAGGACUCUGGAUGCUGCUGGGGAGCAACUUCGACAACAAUCCAGAUGCCUCUACUUACCUGCCGCACUGGUGGUUUGUGACGCUGUCCCAGGGAUUUAGCUUGCUCCUUGCCGGCUUCGCUUUCUCCGCCGGGAGCCGGUUCCUCGGGCCGGCGUUCGCUCGGUCAUGGUCGGUCUUGCUGACCGUCUAUGCGGCGUUCGUCUCCUGUUCCUCGGUUGUCGCCAUUGUUGCGGAGAAGACGGUCACUGUUAAGGACUGCUUGGAUCUCCUGUCCCUGCCAGGCGCAGUUAUGUUUCUCAUCUACAGCAUCCAGAGCAGCCAUGACGAAGAGGGACAUGAAGAUGAAGGAUUAUACAAGCCACUGAAGACUGCUGAUACAGCUGACAGUGAUGAAUCUUCAGAGAGCACCCACCAGAAGGUGACUCCCUUUGCCAGAGCUGGUAUGUUGAGCCAGAUGACAUUCUGGUGGCUCAACCCUCUGAUGAAGACGGGCUACCAGAAGCCCCUCGACGACAAAGACAUGCCGCUAUUAGGCGCCGCAGACCGGGCACAGAGCCAGUACUCGAUGUUCUUGGAGAAGCUGACCAACAACAAGAAGAAGCAGACGUCACAUGAUGGCACACCACCAUCAAUCCUCUGGGCUAUCGCUUCUCAUCACAAGUGCGGGAUCAUGGUCUCGGGUCUCUUCGCCCUGCUCAAGGUGCUCACCUUGUCCACAGGCCCGCUGCUUCUGAGGGCAUUCAUCAACCUGUCAACCGGGAAAGUGACCCCUAAUUCCAAGCAUGAAGGCUAUAUGCUGGCCACGCUCAUGUUCAUCUGCAAAUGUUGCGAGUCGCUGUCGCAGAGGCAGUGGUACUUCCGCACGCGGAGGCUAGGGCUCCAGGUGAGGUCACUCCUCUCGGCGGCCAUCUACAGGAAGCAGCAGAAGCUAUCGAGCUCGGCGAAGAUGGCGCACUCCUCCGGGCAGAUCAUGAACUACCUCACCGUCGACGCGUACCGGGUCGGGGAGUUCCCGUACUGGUUCCACCAGACAUGGACGACGGUCGUCCAGCUCUGCAUCGCUCUGGCGAUCCUUUACAGCGCGGUCGGCGCCGCCAUGGUCUCGUCCCUGGUCGUCGUCGUCAUCACCGUGCUCUGCAACGCUCCGUUGGCCAAGCUACAGCACAGGUUCCAGAGCAAGCUGAUGGAGGCGACGGACGCGAGGUUGAAGGCCAUGUCCGAGUCACUGGUGCACAUGAAGGUGUUGAAGCUCUAUGCGUGGGAAGCUCACUUCAGGAAGGCCAUUGAGGAGCUGAGGGAGGUCGAGUACAGGUGGCUGUCGGCGUUCCAGCUUAGCAGGGCGUACAACAGCGUCCUCUUCUGGUCAUCGCCUGUCUGGGUCUCGGCGGCGACAUUUCUGACAUGCUACUUUCUGGAGAUCCCUCUUGAUGCCAGCAACGUCUUCACCUUCAUCGCUACCCUGCGCCUGGUGCAGGACCCCAUUCGGGCCAUACCGGAGGUUCUUGGAGUCGUGGUGCAGGCUAAGGUUGCUUUCACUCGGAUAGAGAAGUUUCUAGGUGCACCUGAGCUGAAUGGACGAGCUAAGGAGAAAUGCUCCUCUGUGGGCAUCGGUUACCCGGUAGCGAUGAACUCGUGCGGGUUCUCGUGGUGCGAAGAUCCAUCAAAACUUAAUCUGAAGGAUGUAAAUUUGGUGGUUAAAGCAGGGGAGAAGGUUGCCAUUUGUGGAGAGGUUGGGUCAGGAAAGUCGACGCUUUUGGCUGCGAUACUCGGAGAGGUCCCGAGAACUCAAGGCACGGUUCAAGUCUGCGGGAAAAUAGCAUAUGUGUCACAGAACGCAUGGAUCCAAACAGGAACCGUACAGGAGAAUAUCCUCUUCGGGUGUCGUAUGGACAGCCAAAGAUACCAGGAAACACUCGUGAGGUGCUCGCUGGUGAAGGACCUCGAGAUGUUGCCAUAUGGAGACGAUACUCAGAUCGGGGAGAGGGGAGUGAACCUCAGUGGCGGUCAGAAGCAGCGCCUUCAGCUUGCUCGUGCGCUGUACCAAGACGCAGAUGUCUAUCUCCUCGAUGACCCUUUCAGCGCCGUCGAUGCCCAUACAGCAACCAGCCUCUUCAAUGAAUAUGUCAUGGGCGCUCUUUCAGACAAGACUGUUCUUUUGGUUACCCACCAAGUCGAUUUUCUACCCGUCUUCGACUCCAUUAUGCUGAUGUCAGACGGGGAGGUUAUUCGGUCGGCACCUUAUCGAGAUCUAUUCUCUGACUGGAUGGACUGGCUAUCCAUGUACAGCCCAAUGACAGUGGACUGGGAGCAGAAGUGGAUGUCAUUUGCUGUUCAUGGCAAGAUAGUAACUCUGCAAGGGGCAGCACCAAUAGAGUUUGCUUAUACAAUCAUUGAACCAUCAGUACUAACUGAGGAAAAUGCAGCAACCGUCCUACCAAAAAUACAGGAGUUGAUUGAUGAAUAUCAAGAUGUUUUUUCUAUUCCAGUGGGACUGCCACGAGAGAGGGCAUGUGACCAUUCCAUUCCCCUUAUACCAGGAGCAAGACCCUUUUCGCUUAGACCUUAUAGAUUGGUUCCAGAACUGAAGGAUGAAGUUGAAAAACAAAUUCAGGAAAUGUUAGACUCUGGAGUUAUAAAGAGAAGCAGCAAUCCCUUCUCUUCUCCUAUUUUGUUGGUUAAAAAGAAGGACCAUACCUGGAGGUUGGUUGUGGACUACAGACACCUGAAUGCAAUCACUAUCAAGGGAAAUUUUCUUAUGCCAGUCAUCGAUGAGCUUCUGGAUGAACUAUGGAACCCAGUGGUUUACCAAGUUGGACCUUAG